UAUGGGAAGAAAUGAAGAGGUAGCCGUUCGCUUUCAGCAGGCGGAGGGAGGGCAACUUAAUAGGAAGUCAAACUGGUAUUCAAACGGAGACGGCGCUGUGAGCUCAAAUGGUCAACGCGCGUUCGCUUCGGCACUGCCAGGGAAGCCUCGCAUUGUCUCCUCCCCAACUCGUCCCUUAUAAAUUAGUUAUAAUUCCCCAUUUCGCCUCACGCAUUUCUAUUCUCUAAUCUUAGCUAUUGCAUCUGGAUCAAAUCUCUCUCCCCCCCCCCCACCCCCCCCCCCCCCCCCCCCCCCCCCAACCCUUUUCCUCUCUUUCUCGCCUUAGCUUCUCCGGCGAAACUCGAGCGAUCUGUGGUGGGUUUCCACACUCGAGGGAAACAUGACAGAACCGAAAGCAAAUACACCCUUGAUCCCACCAACAGCAUCCCGAAGCCUCCCUGAUUUCAAGCAGUCUGUUAAACUAAAAUAUGUGAAGCUUGGUUACCAUUACCUGAUAACCCAUGGAAUGUUUCUAUUCCUUUCCCCUCUUGUGGUCGUGCUUGCCGCUCAGCUCUCAACAUUUUCUCUUCAAGAUCUCCAUGAUCUUUGGGACCAGCUCAGGUUCAACCUCAUCUCUGUGAUUGUCUGCUCGACACUUCUCGUUUUCCUAGCCACCCUAUACUUUCUCACUCGCCCUCGCCCUGUAUACCUUGUGAAUUUCUCCUGCUACAAGCCUGAAGAAGCUCGGAUAUGCACAAGGCAGAUGUUUCUGGAUAGAUCUCGCUUGACUGGUUCAUUCACAGAGGAAAAUCUCCAGUUCCAGCGUAAGAUUAUUGAGAGGUCUGGCCUUGGGGAUUCAACCUAUCUUCCUGAGUCUGUUCUCAACGUGCCUCCAAACCCAUCAAUGCAAGCAGCAAGAGAAGAAGCUGAGAUGGUGAUGUUCGGUGCCAUCGAUGAGCUUCUUGCCAAGACCACAGUUAAACCUAAAGACAUUGGAAUCCUUAUUGUGAACUGCAGCUUGUUCAAUCCUACCCCAUCUCUUUCUGCUAUGAUUGUCAACCACUACAAGUUGCGAGGGAAUAUUAUUAGUCAUAAUUUAGGUGGCAUGGGCUGCAGUGCUGGUUUAAUCUCAGUCGAUCUUGCCAAAGAUCUUCUUCAGGUCCAUCCCAACUCCUAUGCCUUGGUUGUGAGCACAGAGAACAUCACAUUGAAUUGGUACUCUGGCACUGAACGGUCAAUGCUGGUACCAAAUUGCUUGUUUCGAAUGGGUGCAGCUGCAGUACUGCUUUCUAACAAAAGCUCAGACAGAAGAAGAUCCAAGUACCAAUUGGUGCAUACUGUUCGGACUCACAAGGGCUCCGAUGAUAAGUGUUUUGCCUGUGUUACUCAAGAAGAAGAUCCCAAUGGGAAGCUAGGAGUUUCGUUGUCAAAGGAACUCAUGGCAGUUGCAGGUGAUGCUUUAAAGACCAACAUUACUACUUUGGGGCCUCUUGUUUUGCCCAUGUCCGAACAGUUGCUCUUCUUUGCCACAUUAGUUGGGAAGAAACUGUUGAAAAUGAAGAUCAAGCCUUACAUUCCAGAUUUCAAACUAGCUUUUGAGCAUUUCUGCAUUCAUGCUGGGGGAAGAGCUGUUUUGGAUGAAUUGGAGAAGAACUUGCAGCUUUCUGAUUGGCACAUGGAACCAUCAAGGAUGACUCUUUAUCGAUUCGGAAACACCUCCAGCAGCUCUCUUUGGUAUGAGUUGGCUUAUUCGGAAGCCAAGGGAAGGAUGAAGAAGGGGGACAGAACAUGGCAAAUAGCAUUUGGGUCUGGGUUUAAGUGUAACAGUGCUGUGUGGAAGGCUUUGAGGAGCAUAAACCCAGCAAAGGAGAAGAACCCUUGGAUGGAUGAGAUCCACGAAUUCCCAGUCAAUAUCCCGAGGGUUUCAGCAAUCUAAGCUUCGAAAAUGCAGUAUCUCGUUCAUAGGCAGCUAUAUAUUAGUUGUUACUGGUGGCUGCUUGGAUGGUGAAAUUUCAUAUUCUUUCCCUCUUUAGGUGUUGUUAUUUAUCUCCUUAUUCAUGUGGGGGGCAAUUGGAUGCAUUCUUGUUCUUUUGGUGUCUAACCAGAUUUAUUAUGGGGUUAGGAAUUAGUAUGAUUGUUCUAUUUCGACCUUUGAAUGGAGUGUGGUGUAUGUUAUGGAGAUUGUGUUUGAAUGGUGUUGUAGUGGCCGAGUGCCAGGGACCAUAUUGAUGAAAAGGGGGUUACCAUGUUCUUUUAUUUUUUGAAUUUUUGAUUCUAAAUUUGGGAUUUUAUUCUA